GCAGUCGCACUCGUGGCUCUGCGCCCGCCGCUGUGGCCAUUGUCCGACCCUGUUGUUGCAGAGCAGUACUGCCGGGAACAAGAAACUGCAGCGGGCGCUAGAGGGGCGGACCUGAGGUCGCGGAUUCCGAAGCCCCGGAGGCAGAUUCCGAGUGCAGUGGGUAGGAGGCUGUCCUCCGGGCCUCGCCGACCAUCCUGCGGACGGACUGGGCGUGGCCGGAGGAACUGUCCCGAAGCUGUGGGGCCUUUCAUUUGGCCUUGGGAAGAGCAGCAGGAGAAGGCGGGGCUCCUCCCCACGUUUCGGCCGAAGUGGCUGCAGAGCUGAAGGGGUGGGGCCUCGGGGUAGCCCGGUGAGUGGAUCCUGUCCUCUCUCCUCAGCCCUGGACCAUAGCCAGCACACACUGAGGCAGGAAUGGCCCCGAGACCUCCGACGGCCAAGCCCCAGGAGUCGGUGACAUUCAAAGAUGUGGCUGUGAACUUCACCCAGGAAGAAUGGCACCACGUGGGCCCUGCCCAGAGGAGCUUAUACAGGGAUGUCAUGCUGGAGAACUACAACCACCUGGUGUCGCUCGAGUUCCUGAGGAUCAAGGACUAGUACUGACUUAUAGGAGGGUCCUUUGUCUGCUUGCUCAAACACCCAAAUCUUGUGUGUUUACCCAUGAGCAGGGUAUCAAGUCUCCAAGCCAGAGGUGAUCUUCAAAUUGGAGCAAGGAGAAGAGCCAUGGAUAUCAGAGAAAGAAAUCCAAAGACCUUUCUGUCCAGCAUUUUGUUUGAGCUGCAAGAAAUGUGGGAACUUUUGCACUUUAUAUUUCUUUUAGACUGGAAGACCAGGCCUGAGUCCUCACGGAGUCCUCAGCAGGGCGUAUCUGAAGUAUUCCUCAGAACAAAUGUUUUAUCACACACCACAAUAGGUGAUAUCUGGAAUGUCGCUAUCCAGGGGCAUCAGGAAAGUGGGAGAAGACAUCUGGGGCCAGAGGCAUCUUCCCAGAAGAAAAUAACCACUCUAGAGAAAAAAAUUGAGCAAAACAAAGUUGGUGAAGACUCUAGUUUGAGCACAGACUUGGUUCCACAACUGGACAUUUCUUCAAGUAUAAGGCCCAGUGACUGUAAAACAUUUGGAAAUAAUUUGGAACACAAUUCAGAACUAGUUACUCAGAGUAAUAUCCUUGCUAAAAAGAAGCCUUAUAAGUGUGAUAAAUGUAGGAAAUCAUUUAUUCAUAGAUCAUCACUUAAUAAACACGAGAAGAUUCAUAAAGGCGAUCCUUACUCCAAUGGUACAGACCAAGGAGCUCAGUCUGGAAGGAAACACCAUGAGUGUGCGGACUGUGGGAAAACCUUCCUCUGGAGAACACAGCUCACGGAGCACCAGAGAAUUCACACUGGGGAAAAACCCUUUGAGUGUAAUGUGUGUGGAAAGGCCUUCAGGCACAGCUCGUCCCUUGGUCAGCAUGAAAACGCACAUACAGGAGAGAAGCCCUAUCAGUGUAGCCUCUGUGGGAAAGCCUUCCAGCGCAGUUCAUCUCUUGUUCAACACCAGAGAAUCCACACGGGAGAGAAGCCCUAUCGCUGCAAUCUCUGUGGGAGGUCAUUCAGGCACAGCACGUCCCUCACGCAACAUGAGGUGACCCACAGUGGGGAGAAACCCUUCCAGUGUAAGGAAUGUGGGAAGGCCUUUAGCAGGUGUUCUUCCCUUGUCCAGCAUGAGAGGACCCAUACAGGAGAGAAGCCUUUCGAGUGCAGCAUUUGUGGGAGGGCAUUUGGUCAGAGCCCAUCCCUUUAUAAACAUAUGAGGAUUCAUAAAAGAAGCAAACCUUACCAAAGUAACAACUUCAGCCUGGCUUUUGUGCCUAACACUCCUCUUCCUCAAGGUGAAGGCCUGCUUACUGAAGUAAAGUCGUACCAUUGUAAUGACUGUGGGAAAGACUUCGGUCACAUUACAGACUUCUCUGAGCACCAGAGGCUCCACGCUGGGGAGAAUUCCUACGGCUCUGAACAGACCCUUCUUGGUCAGCAGUCCCUGUCUCAUCCCCGAGAGAAACCCUAUCAGUGCAACGUAUGUGGGAAAGCUUUUAAAAGGAGUACAAGUUUUAUAGAGCAUCAUCGAAUUCACACUGGAGAGAAACCCUAUGAAUGUAAUGAGUGUGGGGAAGCCUUCAGUCGACUCUCGUCACUCACGCAACACGAGAGGACCCACACUGGCGAGAAACCCUAUGAGUGCAUUGACUGCGGGAAAGCCUUCAGUCAAAGCUCAUCCCUGAUUCAGCACGAAAGGACGCAUACCGGAGAGAAACCCUAUGAGUGUAAUGAGUGUGGGCGGGCCUUUAGAAAGAAGACCAAUUUGCACGACCAUCAGAGAACUCACACUGGAGAGAAACCCUAUGCUUGCAAGGAGUGUGGGAGAAACUUCAGCCGGAGCUCCGCCCUUACUAAACACCACCGAGUUCACGCCCGGAAUAAACUGCAGGAAAGCUAAACAAUGGGAUGGGGAGGAGGCACGGCCGAACAUCUGCUUCCAACCCAGUGUCAGAGGAUUCUGAAAGUCUGAGAAUGUAAUUAUGUGUUUGGACACUGUGUAUAGAGAAAACUGCCACUAGAAGAAAAAAAUUUUAAAUUAAAGCCAUUCUUUCAUACCUUAUUACAGGCUUCUUGUAGAACUACGUACGGCAUAUGUAGUCGUUUGGAAAUGAUGUGACCUUACUAAAGCUUUUGAAUAUAUGUGUGCAGAGUCACCAAGUUUUAACAGCUUGAUAUGUAAAUCCUGUUGUUCACAACCUUGAAAGAAAGAAAGAAAACUCAUAGUAUGGCCAAGGCUCAUUUCAAACAUCAUUGACAGUUUCACUUGACUGAAACUGUAGAAAUCAGUUUGUUUCCCAGAAGUCAACAUUCAGAGAAUUAGAGCAGCUAGACCAACCACCUAAAUGUACAGAUGGUUGCACGGCAGGCUCUAACCCACAAAGCUGAACGUUGAAAGCUUGUUUUCGGGUUCUUUGGCCUCAUACCAUGGCUAUAGAAAGGGUAUUUUGGAGUUCAGAGGCCUUUAAAGUUUUAAUAUAGAUUCCCAGACAUGUUGUGACAUUUUGAAGAGCCUGAAGACAUACAGGCAACCAUAUGGAAAUCUGUCAAAAAUGUAAGGCCACUUAGUGGAAGCUUUACAAAAGAAAAGAUUGGCAGAAACUGACAUUGAUGGAAUGGGACAGGAACACAUGCAUGCGUGUGCACACACACACACACACCCUUCCCAGCUGUAAUUAUACCUUCAACCGAUGUAUCAUUCCAUUGGCAUUUCAUGGCACUGCAUGAGGAGAAUUUGCAGUUUGCUUGAAACCCUGCCCUCCUCUCUGGUGCUUCUGAGCCCCCCCCCCCCCGCCCCAAGUCAAUUUUACUAUAGAGAAGUAUACACCUAACUACCCACAGCCAUAAACUUUCUCUCUGACUCCAUUUACGGAAACAGCAUGGUUUGCCUCUUUUUGUGUGCAAAGAGAAUACACUGCUGUUUCAACCCCCAUCUUAACUCAGUUGCUUUUCUGUUAUCAAACCGUGAGAAAAGCUUCCUCGGUGCCUUGCAAAUGAAUGUGGAGUAACUGUGACCAUUGAUCCCUUUCACACAUUAUCACAAAGUCCUCCAGCCUCUUUCCAUGAGUUCCAGGAAGUGAUGUUGAUUGUUGUGAGUGAGGCUAAUUGGUAAGACUUUCCUAUUAGCUUUUCUGCUUACUGGAUGACAAGUUUCAUUGACCUUUCUUAAUCUUUAUGGUAAGGGGUGGCUCUCAGGAAUUCAUAUAUUUUAGGGUUUUUUUUGGGGGGGGCAGGUUUGUUUUAGUGGGGAUAAAUAAAUGUUCAUGGGAGCUGAAA